AGUAGUCGGAGCAAAAAGACGACUCCGGAGUGGAACCCUAACCCGACCACCUACCGCACUAUAUAAGCUUAUCAUUUGACGACUAUUAGAUUUCAAGCGCCUCUUCUCCUCUACUCAGGCACAGGGACUCCAGGGUUUUCAGAAUACAACGAUAAUGGUGAACGUUCCCAAGACAAAGAAAACAUACUGUAAGAGCAAGGAGUGCCGAAAGCACACUUUGCAUAAGGUUACACAAUACAAGAAGGGCAAGGAUAGCCUUGCUGCACAAGGGAAAAGGCGUUAUGAUCGCAAGCAGUCAGGUUAUGGAGGUCAGACAAAGCCUGUUUUCCACAAGAAGGCCAAAACUACUAAGAAGAUUGUUCUGAGGCUGCAAUGUCAAGGUUGCAAGCAUGUGUCUCAGCAUCCAAUUAAGAGAUGCAAGCAUUUUGAGAUUGGUGGAGACAAGAAGGGGAAGGGAACUUCUCUUUUCUAAAUGCUAUUUUAUGGGUAUGCUUUUGGUUGUGUUGCACUGUUAGGACUUGAGACCUUUACUGGAACUGGAGCAAAUCCAGAGUUUUUGUUCACUUUAUUUUGUUGGUUUCUUAGGUUGCCAUUUCUAGACAUCUACUGCUAGUUUACAAUUUUAAUUGACUUAAUAGCAAUCCUUUCUAGUCAGAAUUCACAAAGCUA